UCAAAUUUUCGGAAUGAUUGAAGUAAAUUUCAUCAUUUUUUUCUUUUACUUCGUUGUAAUUAACAAUGUUUUUUGUGAACCAACUACUUCAGGUCCUAUUACUACUACUACUACACAUCCUGGUACUUGUAAUGUAGAUGGCAAAAUUUAUCAAGAAGGGGAAAUCAUUGGUACUUUGAGGCCGAGCACAGAUGGAUGCAGAUACCUUAGAUGCUAUGAUGGAGAAGCUUCAGAAGUUUUUGAAGAUUGCUACCAACCUGAUUUUGAUUAUUGUAUACCCAUAUGGUCUGGUAAACAGUGUUGUCCAUAUUAUGAUUGUUCCAAACCUAAUUCUAAUUUGAGAUGUAGACUCGUUUAUUGAAUAUGAAAUUCAAUAAAGUGGAUAUUGUGAGGAUAUAAGUAAAUGUAAUGACCAAAAUUACGACUUAUAUCUGAACAAAAAUAGUUUUCUUUUAAUUCCAAAAAAUUAUUUAACAGAA